GAACAGGAGCCACACAUAAUUUCCUCUAAAUCCAGCCAAGGUGUCACAGAGCAAGAUGAGUCAAAAAGAGGCCAUCCAUGAUAUCCUUUUUGUUGGUGGAUCCAUGAUCUCAGGCAGAAUUAGAAUUCUUAUCAGCCUCAUCCCCAUUGUCAUCACAGGCUUGGGGGCGAGGCAUUUCCAUGAGUGCCCUAAGGAGCCCAUGGUGCCCAUCUUCCUGGUGGUGGGGGGAAGUGCCUCUGUGACCCUGCAGCUGCUUCCCUUCUUCUACUGUCGUGGCCCAAAAGAUGUCCCCAACAUGUUCUGCCGCAUCUGCAAUUUUGUGCUAUACAUCUUCUGCUUUGUGUGGUUGAUCAUAGGGAGUGUUUUCGUGUACAGAGCAUACUUGCCUGACUUGGAGUCCCGCAAUUCCGAGGAGUACUGUGAGAGGAUCCUGUACCUGGUCACUCUCUGGUUCACCACCGGCAUUUACAUUUUCAUUGUGUUGUUUAUAAUUUACAUGUCAUGCAAGUACCUAUGUUGUAGGUCCUGAAGCAGUGAAGCUAGUUUGUGUACAGUAUGUGUUGUUUGUUUGUUUAAAUGCUGUUUUGACUUUUGCUUUGAUUUUCACUUGACAGUGAAGACUGUUAGUUCACUGUAA